AAAUGUCGACGGAAAAGGAAGUGAAUCCGGCCGAGGUGGAGCAGGAGGAACACGACAGCAGCUAUCAGCCACCGCCGCAGAAAACGAUCGAAGAAAUUAUGGCCGCCGAUGCGGAAGACGAAAGCUUGCGGAAGUACAAGGAAGCAUUGCUCGGAGAGGCACAGGCCGAAAAGAUUGUCUUCGAUGAAUCUGAUCCACGAAAGGUAAUCGUGAAAAAGCUUGCCCUGCUUGCCGCCGAUCGUGAUCCGAUGGAACUAGACCUGACCGGCGAUUUAACGAAGUUGAAAAAGAAUGUGUUUGUGAUUAAAGAAGGCAUUCAAUACAAAAUUCGUAUCGAUUUCGUGGUUCAGCGAGAGAUAGUGCACGGGCUGAAGUAUGUGCAGAAAACCUACCGGAUGGGUGUCCCAGUCGACAAAAUGGUCCAAAUGGUCGGUUCCUACCCGCCAAAGAAGGAAAUCCAGAGCUACACGACCCCGUUCGAGGAAGCCCCGUCCGGUAUGAUGGCCCGCGGUACCUACUCCGUCACCUCCCUGUUUACCGACGACGACAAGAACGAGCAUCUAAAGUGGGAUUGGAGUUUUGAGAUCAAAAAAGACUGGCAGUAAAAUGCAAAACAAAACAA